CUCACCCACCCAUCAUCCUCUCUCUCUCGCAUAAAUGAACAACUCCAUUGUAAAAAUGGAAAACAAAAACCAUAGCAACCACCAACACUACCAUCAUCCACCAUCCCGGAGCGGCCACGAGCAGAAUCAGCAUGGCCUCAUUUCAAUAAAUGCAAUGAUCAUCAUUGGCAUCUCCAUCAUCUCCUUCUUCAUAAUCUUUGCAAUUCUCCUAAUAAUCCUUCUACUUCAUCGUCUUAAAUCCGCAAGAGACAAAGCACAACAGCUGUCUUGCAAAGAGAGCUUUAGUAACAUUAACAAUGGUGGGACUUCAACCAACUACAGUUACACAUCUAGUCCUGAUGACAUCAAGAGAGAUUGUCUAUAUUCAAGAAACCCAACAUCGUUCAGACAACUGCCUCCACAUACAAAAAGUUGUAGGAGAAGUCGAGCAGAAGGAGUAGAAGUGUACACAUACAAGGAACUAGAGAUUGCAACUAAUCAUUUCAGCGAUGAGAAGAAGAUAGGAAGUGGUGGAUAUGGAGAUGUGUAUAAAGGAGUACUAAGUGAUGGAACUGUUGCAGCCAUUAAAAAGCUUCAUAUGCUUAAUGAUAAUGCUAGUAACCAAAAGCAUGAAGAGAGGUCCUUUAGACUUGAGGUUGAUCUUCUUAGUCGAUUACAAUGUCCAUAUUUGGUGGAGUUACAUGGAUAUUGUGCUGAUCAAAACCAUAGGAUCCUGAUAUUUGAAUAUAUGCCUAAUGGUACAUUGGAGCAUCAUCUCCAUGGCCAUAGUUGUAAGAAUGUAAAGGAUCAAUCUCCACCUUUAGAUUGGGGAACCCGGCUUAGGAUCGCCCUCGAUUGCGCCCGAGCUCUAGAGUUUCUACACGAAAAUCCCGUCUCUACUGUGAUCCACCGAAACUUCAAGUGUGCCAACAUUUUGUUGGAUCAAAAUAAUCGAGCUAAAGUUUCGGAUUUCGGAUUGGCGAAAACUGGAUCGGAUAAACUUAAUGGUGAGAUUUCAACAAGAGUGCUCGGUACCACUGGAUAUCUUGCUCCAGAGUACGCUUCUACUGGAAAGCUUACUACAAAAUCAGAUGUUUAUAGUUAUGGUAUUGUGUUACUAGAACUCUUAACUGGUCGCACACCGAUUGAUUCAAAGCGUCCGCGAGGAGAAGAUGUCCUUGUCUCAUGGGCUCUUCCAAGGUUAACCAACAGAGAGAAAAUAAGUGAAAUGGUGGAUCCAACCCUGAAAGGUCAAUACUCACAAAAAGAUCUUAUUCAGGUAGCAGCCAUAGCAGCGGUGUGUGUGCAACGAGAAGCAAGUUACAGACCGUUAAUGACGGAUGUUGUUCACUCCCUCAUUCCCCUUGUUAAAGCUUUCAACAAAAGUUCUGAUUCGUCGCGGUUUCCUAGCCGUCGAGAAAGCUUGUCAUUUGAUGAUAUUAUGCCAUGACAGUCUUUUGUUUAACUUGUAACUCCCUUUUUAAGUUGAGAUAUUCUCUUUGAUAUUGUAUAUGUGUAUAGAUAAAUGAAUCCAUUUAUCUUUGUAAAAUUUAUAUCAGUGUUGCUUAAU